CAUUUUAUUCAGAGUUACCAAACAAACCAACCCCUAUAAGCUAGCCCAAAACCUCUUACUAGCAAUACUAGCUUCAUAACCUGGAAAUAAAUAUGGGAGUGGCUGUUUAUUUGGAUAUCAUUUUGGUCCCUUUGAGUCUUUUCAUCACAAUAGGUUACCAUGUCUACCUCUGCCAUGCCAUUAAGAACAAACCUUCAAGAACAACUUAUGGAAUUGAUAGGCUUAGGAGGACAGCUUGGGGUGAGAACUUAAAUCAGGGUGAAGACAAGAAGGCUAUGCUAACUGUACAAAGCUUGAGGAACACACUCAUGACCACCAUACUCACAGCUACUAUAACCAUUCUUGUGAACUUGGCUUUGGCAGCUCUGACCAACAACACCUACAAAGCUAGCCAUCUCUUCAAUAGUGAAUUUUUUGGCUCAAAAUCAGACAAAGUCUUUGUUUUGAAGUAUGGGUCAGCAUCAUUUUGCUUGUUGUUUAGCUUCUUAUGCAGCUCCAUGGCCAUAGGAUUUCUAAUUGAUUCCAAUUAUCUGAUGAAUGCUUAUGGGGAGUUCUUGUCUGGGGGUUACACACAGAACAUACUUGAAAGAGGGUUCACCUUAGCUCUUGUUGGAAAUAGGAUGCUCUGUGUUGCUGUUCCUUUGAUGCUGUGGAUGCUUGGUCCAUUUGCAGUGUUUUUAGCCUCUUUGGCAUUGGUUUGGGUGUUGCGCGAGUUUGAUUUUGUCCCCCAAUUCCCACACAGCAAUAAAAACAAUGUAUCAAUGUGAAAUAACCUGUUUUUAGCACUGAUAAAGAUUUUAUGUUCUCA